UAUUCAGUCAUCAGCAAGGCUGUGUAUUCAGAUCACAUUUCAGGUUCACUCUUUCAUUAUUAUUUUAUCAUUCUGAAUAAUGCAGUCCCGUUAGCUCUCGGUCUAAAAUUACUGACUUUUUUUUAAUCUAAAAAAUUGUGCUACUUGGGCUUCCUCUGUUUCAACCCAUCCUAAGGCCCCUCUUAAACACAGUGGUGACACUGGGGCAGGUGUGUUGUCUCGUAUCCCAAGGUCUUUAGAUUUCUGAAGGUUAGCCUGUUCUGCUAACUCCCUCUCCUACUACUCAGCCGCUACAUUUGACACCAGACCGGCAGCCCGAUCGUCUUCCCUCUGCACAGCCAUGUACAAGACUCCCACAGGGAGUGAUGUGAAAAGUGAACAGCUCUUAGAAAGCCUGGGUCAGCAUGUAGUGCUGAACUAAACACUAGGCCUAACCAAACAGCUGGGGCGUGAUAUUUUUAUUAACUUAUCAAUCAUCCGUUUGUGUCGAAGGAAGAAAAAUGCCAAGUGUGGACAGCGUAAGAGUGGCAGUCCGUGUCAGAACCUUUAGCCAGACUGAGAAGGAUGCUGGAUGCAACUGUAUAAUCUCCGUGGCUUUAAACAGCAUCACAAUUUGGGAUCCAAGGAAUCAGAGCAACACAAAAACUUUCACAUUUGACCUAGUCUACUGGUCACACAGUGGAUUCAUUAGAAAUGAGGAAGGGAUACUUGUUCCUGAUGGACCUACCAGCAAAUAUGCAGACCAGAGAAAGGUGUUCAAUGACCUGGGCCAAGAAUUGUUGAGUAACGCAUGGCAGGGAUACAACACGACACUGCUGGCCUAUGGGCAGACUGGCUCAGGGAAAAGUUACUCUAUGAUUGGCUAUGGACCAGACAGAGGAAUAAUCCCAUUAAUUUGUGACGAGCUGUUCAAAGCAAUUAAACAAAAUCAAGAACAUGAUAAACAGUACCAGAUUUAUUUCAGCAUGUUGGAAAUCUACAAUGAGAAGGUGAUGGAUUUGUUAUCUGAAAGAAAGCAGUCUGGAGGGCUGAGAGUGCGUGAAAGCUCCCAAAGGGGCUUCUACGUGCAGGAUAUAACAUCGGUGCCUUGUGAAAGCUACGAGCAAAUUGAACAGUUGAUGAAGGAAGGAACUAGGAAGCGGAGCACAGCAUCCACCAAUAUCAACAUGACCAGCAGCCGAUCACACAUGAUCAUCACUGUGCAGUUCAAGCAGGUAUUUUUAAAAGAGCACCUGACGAAACAGUCCAACAUAAACUUGGUGGAUUUGGCUGGUAGUGAGCGGCAGAAAUCCUCGGGCUCUGAGGGGGACCGUCUCAGGGAGGGAACGGCUAUCAACCUCAGCCUGACCACCCUGGGCAACGUCAUCAGCGCCUUAGCAGAAACAGCUACGGGGAAGACGAUGCCCCACAUACCCUAUAGAAAUUCCACACUUACUAAACUCCUGCAGCCUGCCCUGGGUGGAAACAGCAAGACUCUGAUGAUCGCAGCAGUCAGUCCAGCUGACAUUUGUUACGAGGAAACCCUCUCAACGUUACGUUACGCUGAAAGGACAAAAAGUAUUCGGAACAAGGCAGUGAUAAAUGAAAAUCCAACAGAGCGACUUAUUCAGGAGUUAAAAGCCGAGAAUGCCAAGUUGCGAUUAAAGAUCAUGAAAAUGAGAAACUCUGGACAAAGGGUAGAGGAGGAAACAGAGAAGCUACGAUGCCUGCUGACUGAGAAUGAGCUCCAGGUGGUGGAGAUUCAAACGUCGUGGGAGCAGCGCCUUGAGAAAGCACAGAAAGAAUGGAAGCAUCGAUACGUAAACCUAAUGCAGGAACGGUUCCUGAUUCAGUUAUUCCCUUAUUUGUCGAAUGUGAACGUGGAUCCACAGCUCUCUGCCUUUGUCAAGCACUUCAUCCAGGAUGGAGAGUGUAUCGUGGGUCAAGCUACAAGUUUCCCGCGGACAAUUAUUAUUAAAGGCUUAGGUAUCACGAAUAAACAUGCCACCAUCACAAACCAGAAUAACAAAGUAAUCCUGGAGCCACAUGGACAAGCCAGAGUGAUUUUAAACGGCGUUCUCGUUGAUACCAAAGUUCAGCUCAGACACUUGGACCGACUUAUUUUGGGAUCCAACAGCACUUAUCUUUAUGUGGGUUUUCCAUGUGAACGCAAUGGUGAGGACUUGAGCAAAUAUGACUAUGACUUCUUCCAGUCAGAGCUGGCAGCAGUGGAAGGCUUUGACAGAGAUGUGCUGGGUCACGCUGGUAGGAACAACAGGAGUGUAACCCCGAGUGUGCUUGCUGUGUUCCAUGAUUACAUCCGAGUCAAGCCGAUGGUGGCGGAAGCAAACCAGAUCAGCAGAGAGUUACACAAGGAUCUCAGCUUUGAGCUGGAAGUGAAAAACUUGGCAUUAACAGACUUCAGAGGCUCUGACUUGGCAAAGGAAGUGAUGGUAAAGGUGACAAACAAAGUAACUGAUGAGGUAUGGGUCUGGUCAAAAGCCAAGUUUGUGAAUAGGAAGUUCAUCAUGGAAGACAUGUAUCAGCACUUUGUUGAUGGAGAGAACAUUUCUGUGGACAGAGAGCAUGAUCCAUUCUGGGAUCCUAUUGAAGCAGUUCAUUUAGGUACUGCUUAUGUCUGGCUUCAGUCUCUGAACUACUGUAUCUUAUUGGAAGAACAUGUGGCGUUUCGUAAUUCCCAGGGCAAAGAAGAGGGCAUUUUACAGAUGAACCUGGUGCCAUGCGACUCAAGUGGACAACCUCUGGGAGAAGAGGAGAUCCUUAUUGAUCCCACAGAGUUAUUGGGGCAGAGGCUGGAUUUUCAAGUUCAGAUAAAUCAGUGCCUGGGGAUCAAAUGGCUGCAAAAGAACAUCAAGAGAGGAAUUCAGAUUUCGUAUCAUGUACUAAACCAUCCAUAUUCCUUCCACUCGGAACCAGUCUGGAACUCAGUAAAUGCAAAAAUAGACCACACAAUGCAGUUCACAGUCAAGUGCGUGUCUCAGGAUUUACUGAGCUGUCUGCAAAACCACGCCCUGCUUCUGGACCUAUGGGGUCUGCAAGAAGGUUGUGCAGAAAUGGUAUUUCCUGGUGAUUUUGAGAUUACUGACGAAGGCAGUAUAAUUAUAGAUUAUGAGAGAGCACUGCUACCCCACAGUAGUAAGGUGGAGAAGGGAGACGACCAGCUCUCCGAACUUUACAUUAGAUUAUCAAAAUUGGAGCAAGAAACUGAUCUGCUGAGGGAUAUCAACAGAACCCUCAGAGGAGACAAUGUCAUCUUGAAGGCCAACAUAGAGAAAAUGAUGAGUGAUGGUAAUGAAACUUUGGCCCACAAUAAAGAGCUGUCAACCAACUUGUAUGACUGGUCCAAGGAACAAGAGUUGGUGGUAGAAGCCCGGCUCGAAGUAAAAUUGCAUCUAGGAUUCAGUUUUCUAACAGGAAACAGUGAAAUUAAUUCUAUCUCCCAAUGUAUUUCUUCUUUGUUUGACUAUUUAUCUCUAGCCUCAAGAUCUGGAGGGAAGUCUUUCCACCAAAUGAACGGGCAGCUCUUUAGUUGGAGGAGUACAGACAAGGUUAGCUGUGAAGUCGACUUUGCCAAGGCUCUGAAGACAUUUUACAGAAGUAUGAACAGGGUGCAAAGCCAACUACUAGGACUGAGGCGGAAUCGCCCACCGGACGAAGACGAUGAGGGAUCACUGCGGAUAUAUCUCCACAAGCAAACUCAAGGGAUAAAGGAUUUUGGGGAUCACCUUGAAUCUUGCAUAAAUGUACUGAAAAAUGACAUCAGCCUCAUCGUUAAGAAAAAGAGGGCGAACACCACAAGACGAGGUGAAGCCAAGGUCUAUUCUACCAAGUGAAUACAUUCUGCAGCUGGAAAAGCAAUGAAUAGUAAGAAGUAUUUCUCUUCAAUACGGUAUGUGCAGAUGGCAGUUCAAUGAUCCUUCCUACUACAGAAAGAAGGCUCUCUGUCUCUUAAGCUUUAGUAGCUUCAUCAGGGCACACUAACUUCGGACUUCGGAAAUAACUGGCUCCUUUUCUCCCACUACUCACUGUUUUGGCUUGGGAUUCCCUCAAUAAAUCUCCUCUAAUCUUGCUUGUGGUUCCUUGUUUUGAAUACUUCUUUACCUCUGUUAAUUUUUUGUCAGGUAAUAGUCCUGCAAACCAUCACAGGGUCUUUCAGCAAAUUGUAAAAGGUGUUACAUAACUGCAUUAUUUUGUUGUUGUAAUGGAAUCAAUUAUAAAUACCCGAUCAAUUUCAUCAAAACUUAAAAAUUGCAGCUUUCAGAUUGUUCUUAGAGAGACAAAAUUAAUUCUUAAUGUCAAGAGCAUUUAAAAAGAUUAUUUGUUACCAGCUGAUGCACUCAAUUUUUCAUUUGAUUACUCUUCUUUCUCCCCACCCCCAUACCUCAAACUUCUUCAUCUGAGGUUGAUCAGACAAUCCGUGAAGCAAAGCCAAAUAGCUGUAACUGGAUGAACUUCCAACAUUCUAAAUCUUCUAAAUAUGGAGAUUCUACCAGGUAGUGCUCUCGCAGGGAGUAUCCAGUCUUAGAGCAACAGGCCAGAUUAUCAGAGAGGGGGGUGUUCAAGUUCAACAGUGCAUGACGGAAUGAGGAAAGGUGCAGCUGUCUCAUAUUGUUUCAUAUCACCAAAUCAUAUCGCUUCCUUGCGGCCCGGUAGCACAUCUUUGCGGCCUGGUGGUUGGGGACCACUGGUUUAGAUGAUGGAAUAGAUGGCCUUGUUGCCAAGUCUGCAGAUGAUAUGAAGAUUGGUGGAGGAGCAGGUAGUGUUGAGGAAACAGGAAGGCUGCAGAAGGACUUAGACAGAUUUGGAGAACGGGCACGAAAGUGGCAAACAAAAUACAAUGUUGAAAAAUGCAUGGUCACGCACUUUGGUAGAAGAAAAAAAUGUGCAGACUAUUUUCUAAAUGGGGAGAAAAUCCAAAAUCUGAGAUGCAAAGGCACUUGUGAGUCCUUGUGCAGAACACCCUAAAGGUUAACUCGCAGGCUGGUUGGUCGGUGGUGAGGAAGGCAAAUGCAAUGUUAGCAUUCAUUUCAAGAGUCUAGAAUGUAAGAGCAGGGAUGUAAUGCAAAGGUGAGGGUUCACCUUGAGUACCGUGAACAGUUUUGGGUUCCUAAAGAAAAGAUGUGCUGGCACUGGAGAGGGUUCAAAGGAGGUUCACAAGGAUGAUUCUGGGAAUGAAAGGGUUAUCAUAUGAGGAAUGUUUGAUGGCUCUGGGCCUGAACUCGCUGGAAUUUAGAAGGAUGAGGGGAGACCUCACUGAAACCCUUUGAACAUUGAAAGGCCCAGACUGAGUAGAUGUGGAAAGAGUCUAGACAAGAGGGCACAGCCUCAGGAUAGAGGGGCAUCCAUUUAAAUCAGAAAAGUGGAGACAUUUUUUUAGCCAGGGGGUGGUGAAUCUGUGGAGAAAUUUCUUUAGCCAGAGGGUGACGAUGAAGAAGAAGAAGAAAGCCCUCAACUCUGAGUGAAGUCAUUGGGACGUCAUCAUGACGGCGUUUUUUUUUAGCAGGAUUUCUUAUUUUUACGAGGUCGAGUUGCUAGCUCGAUGCUUAACCCAGCAUGGAUGGAAAGUGUGCAAGGGAGCCGGCCGGAUUCGAACUCGGGAGCCUUUGCUCCGAAGUCUGGCGCUGAUGCACUACGCCACCAGCUGGCUAGAGGGUGAUGAAUCUAUGGAAUUUGUUACCACAGGCAGCUGUGGAGGCCAGGUUGUUGGGUGUAUUUAAGGCAAAGAUUGAUAGGUUCUUGAUUGGCCAUGGCAUUAAAGGUUACAGGAAGAAGGCCGAGGACUGGGCUGUGGAGGGGGAGAAAAAGGAUCAGCUGCAAUUGAAUGGCAGAGCAGACUUGCUAGGCCAAGUGGUUUAAUUGUGCUCCUAUGUCUUACGGUCUCUCCUCUCACUAAUCCUUUCAAUUAUAUUAAAUAUUUGACACCCUCUCA